UACCCGACGAUAUUCAAGCUUGCUCUUGACAUCCUGCCGAUCCAAGGCUCGGCAGUCCCCUGCGAGCGUGUAUUUUCGUCAGCAAAGGAGACGAUGACAGACCGCCGCAACCGCAUUGCAGCAGAACUGAUGGAAGCACUGCAAAUGCUCAAAUUCUCCUUCCGUCACGGCCGUCACCUCGACUUCACAGCGGGAAUGAAUAAAGACACUGAGCUACAUGAGCUUGAAGAAUCCAUUCUGGUUAAUGACCAGCGUAAUGGGGGCUAA